AGCAGGUUAAACAGGCCUUUGUGAAAGAACUGGUUUGUGAAAUGCACGCAUUUUUAAGAAGGUGGGCACGGCUCACGUGUAAAAAGUUCUUUUCCCAGGAGAUCAAAGCAGGGAGAAAUUAAAAGAGAAAAACUGGGGCGAGAGAGAAAUCUAAUGUGCAGGAAUUCACAUACUGUUAUUGUUAUCUGUUAUCAUAAACUAAAUCUGAUUAUUGCAUAUUUAUGAUUUGGAAUGUGGUAUUUUCAAAUCAAAAUCACAUAUAGUUGUAGAUUUCUAUUAUCAGCAAGAUUAAUUGCUGAAGUUUAAUCUCUCUUUUGCAGUUGCAGCAUUUUCUUUCAUUUAUUUUCUGUCUUUUGAGGAAACAUGCAUAUCUAGUUGCCUAUUUACUUGUUUCUCUUGCACCACAGGGUUAACAGGCAACCCUUUAGUAAUGGACCCCAACAGUAUUUGUCGUAAGACCAGACCUCUUUUAGGCAGACAUGCUGACCUGUGCCAGUCUCAACCUGAGAUCAUUCAGGAGGUGGCAAAAGGUGCCAGGCUUGGCAUGCGAGAAUGCCAACAUCAGUUUCACAAUCAUCACUGGAACUGCAGCAGCCAGAGCAGAAGCCUGGCCAAAAUUCUGCAACAAGAUAUCCGGGAAACUGCGUUUGUGUAUGCCAUCACAGCUGCCGGGAUAAUGCAUGCAGUAACACAAGCCUGCAGCCAGGGAGAGCUGCCACAGUGUGGCUGUGUGACCCUUCAGAGUUCCACUGAACCUCAUCGUGACUCCCCGGCAGAGGAGAUAAACAAUCAGACUUCACCUGCCCUAUAUGGAGACUGGAAAUGGGAGGGGUGUGGAGAUGAUGUGGACUUUGGCUAUAAAAAGUCUCAUCUGUUUAUGAAUGCAAUGAAGCGAAAAGGCAGAAGUGAUAUCAGGACUCUUAUUGACUUGCACAACAAUGAAGCAGGAAGGCAGGCCGUACAGAUACAAAUGCGCAUGGAGUGUAAAUGUCACGGCCUUUCUGGUUCCUGCACUCUUCGCAGCUGCUGGAGAAAGAUGCCUCUCUUCCGUCAAGUCGGUGACCACCUCAUGCAAAAAUUCCAUACCGCUGUCCGCGUGAUGGGAGGGAACGAUGGUAAAUCGCUUGUUUCCGUCAAUGUGGAUACUCCAGCCCUGGAUGCAGACGUCCUGAUCUAUUCAGCCGAGUCACCUGACUUCUGCCAGGCCAAUCAAAGGACCGGUGCCGAGGGCACGCAGGGUCGUGUGUGUAAUAGCACAGGGACAGGGCCAGGAGCCUGUGACAGACUGUGCUGCGGAAGAGGAUUUGCAGAGUACAGUAUGGGAUAUGAAGAAAACUGUCUGUGUCAGUUUCUCUGGUGCUGUGUGGUUCAGUGCCAAAGAUGUUCAGUGAGAAAAGAUGUCAGCAUCUGCUUGUAAAAUACACCUAUUGGGGUGAACCACUAUUCUGCCGAGCUCAAUUCCAACUCUAAUACACACCUGACCUAGUUAUUUAAAAUCUUUAGGGUUGAACUGGUAUACUGCAGAAAGGUAUUAUGGUUGAGACUUAACUUUGCAAGACUUGACACCCCUGACCACAUGUUAUGUGACAUGGAACAAACAUGAUCAGGGUGAACAAAUUUUGGUUUAAUCAACCAAAUUUUCAAGGUUUGCUGAUGGUAGGUUAACCCAAGUUUCUGGAAUACACCCCUGAAGGGGAUCAAAUGGGACAGUGCCCCUAGUGAAUCCUUCAGGGAGAGCAUGGGUAUGCUUUUAAUGUGCAUAUAAGCGUCAUCUUUGCAAACUGAAGCAGUGAUAUUUGACAAAAUUAUUUUUACCACUUGUAACUGCAACCAAAUACUGAGUGAUGUCCAUAAAUCAUAUGUGAGGCUGGGCUUAUCUGACUCAUUACCUCAUACUGCCCCCUGCCGGUGUAUUACCACUAAACGUAGAUAAGUUGUAAUUGAUUUUCUCAUUUAUUUUUUUGUGAACAUUUUAAACUAAUCUUGGAAUGUAAAAACCUAAGCCAAAAACAUCCUCAAACACAAACUAAUUGAGACCUAUGUGGUCAUUUUUUGUUCUUUUAAAGCAACAGUCACUGUCCAAGGUGCUGAACUGUUAAACGAUAGUUGCCACUUAAUCCAAGUACCAAAGAUUCAGUCAUUAUACACAACUGAUUUCAUCAUUUGUUUUUACAAAUGUUCCUCAACCUAUUUUCGUAAAAACAUUUGUAUUGCACAUUUUCUGAAUCAUUUGUUGCAAAUAGUAUAAAAUAAGAAAACAUGUUCAAAUUGUUGAUGUUCUGCUUUAUUUAAUGCUUGUGUACAAAUAAAUGUCCACAAGGUGGAGCAUAAGCAUGGCUCUUCAAUGCUGCAAAAGUGUUUGAUGCUACUGUGCACCUGUAACACUAAUGGCUUAAAAAACCCGCUAAUUGUGAUAUGUUACACUAACAUAUUUAACAAAAAAUAAAAAAUGGAGGGAGGUAAAUCGUUAAAAUGGUUUGUUUUGAAAUGUGAAGUGGGAAAUAUAUGUUUUACUGUUACAUAAUCCAUCUAUUUUUCUUUUGCUCUGUACAUCAAAGAAACAAAAAGAGUGUUGGGUAUUGGCUCUCAUCGAUCAGGUAAACGUGUUAAUUUGGAGAUCCGUUAUUUUCUAUUGGGUUAAAUCC